AGUAGAUAAGAUCGAGCUCGGGGAGGUUGGGGAGAGAAAAAAAAUCAUCCUCCAAUCGAACUAACCCUAGCAGCAGCCGGCGGUUAGGGUUUCGGGCGAGAUGGCGGCGGCGGCGAGGCAGCGCGGCACGGUGAAGUGGUUCAAUGACACCAAGGGCUUCGGCUUCAUCUCGCCCGAGGACGGCAGCGAGGACCUCUUCGUCCACCAGUCAUCGAUCAAGUCCGAGGGCUUCCGCUCCCUUGCCGAGGGCGAGGAGGUCGAGUUCUCCGUCUCGGAGGGCGACGACGGCCGCACCAAGGCCGUCGACGUCACCGGCCCCGACGGAUCCUUCGUCAAGGGCGGCUCCGGCGGCGGCGGGGGCGGGGGAGGCUUCGGCUCCCGCGGAGGGGCCGGAUCUGGCGGCGGCGGCCGCAGCUACGGCGGCAGCUGGGGCGGCGGGAGGAGAUCCGGCGCCGGGGGCGGCGCCGGCGCGUGCUACAAGUGCGGGGAGCCCGGCCACAUGGCCAGGGACUGCCCCAGCGCCGACGGCGGCGGCGGCUACGGCGGCGGUGGCGGCUACGGCGGCGGCGGUGGCGGCGGCUGCUUCAAGUGCGGGGAGCCUGGCCACAUGGCCAGGGACUGCUCCAGCGGCGGAGGCGGCUACGGAGGAGGCGGCUACGGCGGCGGCGGCGGUGGCGGCGCCUGCUACAACUGCGGCCAGACCGGCCACAUGGCGAGGGACUGCGCCACCGGCGGCGGCGGCGGCGGCGGCCGGUUCGGAGGUGGCGGCGGCGGCGACCGCUCCUGCUACAACUGCGGCGAGGCCGGCCACAUCGCCCGCGACUGCCACGCGUGAGAUCGGAUCGGAUCGCGCCACUACCCGGUGGUGCCCUCCUUAUAGAUCUCGCCUAAGCCUCUCACUGUGUCUCGUUCGUCGGAGUAUCGCUUUAGUUUUGCCGAUCUGGGCCCGAGCGCCCGCCUCCUUGCUAUAGAGGAGCCCAGCCGCCUUUUUUUCUUUCGUUUCGCUUUUGUUCUCGGAUUUGGUUCGUAGGGGAACUGCCGCUCAGGUUAUCAUCGUGUGCUUGGUGCUUUUGCUGUGAGUCUCGUCGUUCGUUGUCGUUAAGGUUAAGAAGAAUGAAGUGAGAUGGAUUGGUUUUGUGUUGCUUGAGGAGAUGACAAAAUCUGCCUCUUUUUUUGUGGUUUGCUGCACCUGAUGGAAAAGAUUAUUAUUAUUAUUAUUAUUAUCCUCGAUUAAUCCUA